UUGAUCGUCCGUGAAAUAGACGACAUCAAGUCGAAAUUGGACGCGUUAUCGAGGAAAGAUUUAGAAGCGAGCAUCAGUUUCUUUGAGGAAGGAAUCGCGUUGUUGUAUGAAGUGUUUGACAUAGUAAAGUCUAGAAACGAGCGCGGUGCGGCAGCAGCACAAGCAGCUUGCGAUGAAGCAUUUUCUCUUGUUGAAGGAAUCAGAAGGUUAGAGCUUACUGGCCUGGACGAGUCUGCCACAAGAAAGCUUUCCACUGCAAAGGAAAGAUUCAAAGAUGCUCGAAGGGAAGCAACGAGGGCCUAUAAAAACGAAGGCCUCAAAACAUCUGACCGCAUUCUGGCCAUGAAGUAUCGAGUAAUGGCAACGAUAUUGGAAACAGUAGACAAUCCCGCUGAUGCAGUGGCACCAUGUGGAGUGUGUGUAAAGGAACUUAACAGUCUGUCAGCAGUACAGAAUAGCCUUGACGUUCAGCUCAAGACAGGCAUUCAGAAAGUGAGGGGUUUAUUUGGUAAAGAGGAAAGAAGGGAAAUAAUUUACAAUGUUUGUCAUGUGAAUCGUGUGAUCUUUGAUAUCGCGCUCGCAUUGGGGAGAGUUGACUUCAGCCCGAGUGUUGAUAUUGGAGAAAAUAAAGUUAUUCCAUUGUGUGACGCGAGAGUAAAAGACGUGCUACUCAGCCAUGGUAAAGAGUAUUGUUGUGUUCCACCAAGGUCAUUUGGUCAGGAGGGUAAAGAGGAACACAAGCUGAAGAACCCAAACGGUAUCGCUACAAACUCCAGCGGAGAAUUCAUUGUAAUAGACUUGCAUCACGUGAAGGUGUUUGACAGCAGCGGCAAGUUUGUGAGACAGUCGAGUCUCUGUACCGUUAAAGAAAAUUUUGCAGUAGCCACAGACAUGAGCGACAACAUCUUUGUGCUGGCCGAACCGUGGGUUUAUAAACUUACUAAAACCGCUGACCUGCAUCACAGGUUUCGUUUAAGGGGAGGGGGCGAGUACGAUGGACUGUCAGUCAGUGGUAAAGGGACAGUGGUGACCUUGCUGGACCAGAUAGCAGUGGAGGAAUAUGACACUGAUGGAAAGUUUGUUCGCACUUUUGGACAAGAAAUAAUAAAUUCAGCGUUGGAUGUCACUGUUGCUAAUGAUGGCCUUGUUAUGGUAUUGGACCAAUCAAACCACUGUCAGUUUGUUGACGUAUUCAGUGAAUCCGGCGACUAUCUUCACAAGUUCAAACUGCAAAGACGUGACUGUCUUUACACAAGCAUUGCAUUUCACCGAGCAAGUGAACAUGUCGUCGUCGCCGGUUUUCGAGUGGAAGAAGCCCUGCAGGUUGACAUGUACAGUAAAGAUGGUGAGUUUGUGUACCAUGCACAAAUCCCAAUUGAUGGUGGGAUCAAUAUACCGGUAGUGACAGGGAUUUCGGUGACAACCAAGGGACGCAUUGCUUGUGUUACAGAUGACAAGGUAUUAAUUUUUUGAAGAGGGGGGUGAAGGGGAGGUCUUGCUCACGUUUCACGCACAUCAAGAAGUAGAAUAACGCCUACGAAAAAUUGUUUAGACGACUUUAAGAUUCACGUUUCUCUAAAAGAAAAAAAUUUACCGUUCACAUGGUCUUAAUUUCAUAUUUAUUACAAGUCACAAAAAUUAAAAACACUUGUUUAAUCCUGCAUUACGCAAAACCCCCUCUUACCCCCUCUUUAAACUGCUGGUUUUGAUGGUUUCUUGUUUUUCCAAAUUGUUCAAUUAUCUUUUUUGGCUGAAGUCAUUUUUAAGAAAUAGUUUCUUUCCAUAUUUCCUUUUUGACAUUAAAUUUCCAAAGUGUACCUAGCUUUUAUGUAGAUUUUUGAUGAUUGUAUCAAGUGUUAGUUUUGAUUGUGAUAACUUUAAUCACAGCAAUGCAUAAUAAGUUUCAUUCUUAGUAUGUAAAUGGACAGUCAUAUAUUUUAAAUAUUUUAAAAGGGUGCACAUGUCAAUAUUGCGUAUUAGGGUUUCUUUUGGAAGGGAGGGCUGAGGAGGAUUCACUGAACCUUGGGAUGACAUUGAUUUUAUUUCCUGAUUUAACCCUUGGCUAGGUUGGUUGGUUUUGACUUAGCCUCUUGUUGCAUUACAAGUUUGUUAUUGUUUCAUGUUUUAUUAUAGGCUCUUCAGCCUAUUUCUUUAUACAUUGAAACUAUUUUAUUUUCAAAUAGUGAAAGUUUUAGCCAAAAUUAAGGAAUUUUUUGCAAAUUUCAUUUACAACAUCCUAAUAAAAAUUCUUGUGUUGUUACAAAAAACUUGUUUGAUUUGUAAAUCCCAAAACCUUGCUUGAGAGAGUUAUUGGUUGGGUAUCAAGUUGAAGAUAAGCAACUAGCCAAUACAAGUUUGUUCACUUAAUUCAUAGGGAAACCUUUUAAUAGUUUCAUUUCAUGCAAUGGAUAUAUGGAGAGGAAUAAAAGGAAAUUGAAAAACUAUGGUCAUAGGAGAAAGAAAUUUACAAAACCAGUAAAUGUGGCCUGUCAUUCCUGUCAUUCCUGUUUAUUCCUUUGGUAAUGUGUUGAAAAAAUUUUUACUCAAAACUUAAGAUUUUUUUCCUGCCAUUUUCAGGAUGUUAAUUGGUCAUUGCACAACGGAGAAUUUUUCUGAUUACUGUGCAUGUGCUGAAUUUUCCAGCCAAAUUUUUGCUUAUGAAGUUUAUUCUCCUGUUACUACCAGAACAUCUUUCAAGAAGACUCUUCACUUUGCCUUUAGCAGCACCUAUUUUUAGCUCUGUGUGAUACUAUAAGACUGUGAUUAUCAUUCACUUACCAGGUGAUCAAUGUCACAAGUAAACAAGUUACUUUGUUAGUAUUGUUAGUAGUCUGAUUAGUAUACUUAUUUUAUGGAAAAUGCUGAACAACUUUUAAAAGAAAUUUUUUUGAGUCAGUGCAGCUUAAUAUGCCCACUUCAAUUAUUGAACAGUUUCAUUCCUAAGCAAUAUCACUUUCAAUUGAUUAAUAGAGUUUAUUAAACCUACAUUGUAGCAACUUAAUACCCACUGAGGUUAAGUGAAAUUGAAAUUCCUAAAGAUUGGAUUUGUUUAUCAUGAUGUCUUUAGUAUUCAUUACAAAGCAUCAUUUUUGUAUACAGUAUAGCAAUAGUAAUGUUGUGCAUUACAAUUUUCCAAAUGUGUUUUUUGUAUCUACAGCUCUAAGCUGAUUCAGUAGGUUUAAUUAGAAGAAUUAUUGACUGAGUCACUUUUUUACAAAGUGUAACAAUGCUUUAAAACUGUAAUUAAAAAUAAUUUAGAUGGGGUGAAUUGGCUUGCAGCUAUUUGGAUUUGGAUUUUAUAACUCACUCAUUGCCAAUUUUAUGCAAUAUUUUGUAGAUUUGAAACAAUUGACAUGGAUUCUAUACUCAAUAUGUUUAAUAUAAUUGUAUAGUGUAGACAGGAGAUAAGUCAGUAAGGUAAAUUAUUAAAAGGAUUCAUGAAUAAUUUCUUUUAUUUUUAUAUAGUGUAACAAUGCUUGAAAACUACAGACUAUAAUGUAGAGAUGGUGGAUAGGUUUGCAGAUAUUUGGAUUUGGGUGUAAGAACUCACAUGCUGCAGAUAUUUCAGAACACUUUGUUGAUGGUCAUUCCAAUAGAUUUUAAAGUUAAAACUGAUCAUGGAUCACCUGUUUGUCAACAUGGAUUCCAGAUUCAAUCUGUUUUUUUAGUGUAAAUUGACAAAUGACACAUUGUCGGUCUCCAGUUCACCUAAGUCUGUUUAUUGAUCUAAUUUUGUGGACUUAAUUUUUUUCAGUUUUCAGUAUUUAGAGAAACUUGAAAACAACAUGUAGACCCUGAUAGCAAGGUAGUUCAGUUUGUAAUUAGCCAUAAGGCUACUUUUUUAAGUACCAAAAUAGAAAGAGAACUUUGGUUAAAAUCAUAUCACUGUAGAAGAAAAAGAGAGACACAAACACAUUGGACACUUCUGGAAGUUUCACAGAUCUGACUUUCAUUUUUACUUGAAAAUUAGGUAAACAGGUUGGGUAAAAAAUAUGACAGAGUGACUAAGACAGAAUUACUCCUUACAAUAUCAAUACCAUAUCGACCAGAUAAGUGCAUGAUGAGAAUAAAGAAAUAUAUCAAUCUGGGGAUAAUUGGUUGAUCCAAUACUAAAUUCUCUGAUUGAACAUUGUAAGAACUGUAUGGUUGACAGUAAGGAGAAUUAGAAAUUUGGUCUGGGAGUUAAAGUGUUAAGUAUGUUUUGCAUGAAAGUGUUAAAAUGUAUAACCAAAUUUUGAAAUAAAUGUUACACGAGUGUGAUUUUGAUUAAAUUCUGGUUGUGCUUUUUUUGUCCUGAUUUGAUGUUGUACUUUCUUCAUGCAUUUGUAAUAGGUAAGGAGCUUACAAGAGAACUGCACAAAAACACUUGUGGGUCAGGCUUUCCCCUAGCAACUGUCAUUGCUGUUUUUUUUAUUUUACAUUUUACCAACUCAGUAAAAAUUUUUGCAACAACCAAAUAGGCCUGAAAAUAGUCUGGUUCCAUUUGGAGAUUAACUAUGAUACUGGAAUCAAGCUCCCUGCUCAAAGAAACAUUGGCCUAUGGCGCAAUGUCAUGGACAAUUAUAUCAAUCACACGAUGGGAUUUUUUUCCGUCUCUGAAAUGAUAUUUGACUACAUUGUUGACCAUGGUAUGAUUUACCAUUGGAAGUGCUAAUAAAACAAACACACUCCAAACUUUUGUUUUAUAGUGCACUAUAAGAUCAGCAAAAGGCCAAGUUAAAUAUUAAGGUAACAUCCUUUGUGUUUGGAUAUCAAUUACUAGAGUGUUUGGAAAGACUUACUUAACAUAAAGGAAAGUUUAGCCUUCAAUGUUGAAGGUCAUCAUUUGCAGCUUUGUUUAUCUUUGCCAUCCUUAACCCUCUAACUCCCAUGAUCUGAUUGUUAAUUCUCCCCUCUAGCUGCUACACAUUUCCUUUUAAAUUAGUUUUUGAGAACUUGGUGCUGAAUCAAGGUAGCAGCUUCUACCUGACAAGUUUCAAUAUUCUCAUUACUUGUCUGCUGAAUAAUAUACGGAUAUUAAAGGGAGAAGUUUCAUGUGAAUCACUUCUGGGAGUUAAAAGAUUAACUUUUCACACUUUCCAGCACCUCACUCCCACAGCUCCCUGCAGCAUGCUGACAUCAAUUUUUUUUUAAUUGUUGUUACUUGUACAGUGUACCUUGCCAAACAGAAGGGCUGCCCAUAGUUUACCUAAAAACAGUAUGCAUAUUCUCCUCGCUGUAGUCUAUACAUUCCUGAUGGAACUGACAAAAAGUUAGAUAUAUCAGUUAUAUUUUUUUUUCCUCAUUAAUACGCAAAAGAGUACUCGGCUAAUAUCCAGCCAUCUCGACUGAAACAAGCUAAUGGCCAAUAACGCAUAUAUCAGUUACAUCUAUCAACGAGAAAUGUCAAUGGAAUGCAUGGGGCAUCUUUUAUUUAGUUUCUUUGGUAAGAUUUCCGUAUACCCCCAUACUAUUCUACAUAAAAGCCGUAGUCACAGAGGUAAUCUACGAGCUAUUGUUACGCCACUGCCUUCUCUCAUCCAAUACUGUAAGCAUAAUGAAUUAUGGGGCUGUGCGGAAAUCUCGCCGGAUUUGACUUCAUCGAAGUUGAGAGUUGAUGGUGAUGUUUCUUUUUUCUUUGGGACAGGUGAUUCCGAUCUCAUUAGGACGAGUUUCGCGGCCUCCGCGAUAAAGCAUGGAGUCUCCAUUUCCCGGAAAUACUGUGACGUAUGUUAUUGUUGUACGUCAUCUGUCGAAGCACGGGGAAUCCCCCGGUGAAGAGUAACAGAAGGGAAGUUCUGAUGUAAGGCAGAGGAUGAAAGAAAAUACUCUUGAGUCCCUCUUGAGUGGCAGAGUAGACAAAUAGUAUUCUCCAUAAGCGUUUAACAGAGUUUCAAAAUGUCCCUUUCUGAACUGAAUUGUAUUUAGCCGGGUUAAUUGAAAAGGUAAUAAGUUUUUCUCAACCACAGUGGGUUUCAAUUGUAUUUGCCCUUGUGUGAAUGCCUUUGAUAAUUUUUUCGCUGUCACCAAUGAAUAUCUUUUUCAUCUUUCAUCUUGGUAAAAUUUGGAAAGAAGAGUCAUUUCAAAUUCCUAGCUACGGGCUUUGAAGGUAUUUGAAUUUCUCUUACAGUCCAGUGAGCAUUCAAAAAGCCUGUGGUCUGCCAAACGAAUAAAGGGGGUAAAUUUCCAAAGAAACUGUAGUGCUGCGUCGGUGGGAGAGUAUAAUAAGGAAAUUUAGUUUUAUCAAUUGAGUUAAAAAGGUUAAUUGGCUACCGUAAAAAGUUUAAACAGUCCAGUAGCAGAGACUGGAAAAUCAAGGUUUCGUUCAAUCCACGAGCUAGAAAAGGUUUGACAAUGGAUUUUAUCAGACCAAUACCUCCUGAGUAAGGCUCGUUACGCCGUAAAGUCGAAAAGUGGUAUACGAUCCGAGAGAAAGGAGGGGUUUUUGCUACGUCAUCCCUUCGUCGGUGUGAAAACGAGGUUGUAGAGUGGAUGACAUUUGUUUCCUCAUUUUUUUUUUUUACACCCUUAUCAAUAUUGGCCGUCCAAAUACCUAGGUAGUUCAAAACACUUGCUUCAUUGGUUUAAUUUUACUUUAAAGUGACGUCACGUGACUUAUCAUGUGACAAGAAAAAUCCUAAAGAAACCCUUGGAAAUAUUAAAAAAUCUUUGUCUUUUUAUAAACAAGUAUUAAAUUUUAUUCUUGACCGCUUUUGUCAAACCUUUUUAUCAUUUGGCUGUCCAAAACGUUCACUUCACCAUUUAUAGGUAUUUUGUUCUUUGUUUAAUGAUCGAAGAUCAAUGCUUUGUCGAUUAAAUGACAAAACAUGCAAACGAGGCAGAUGCUCUAAGCUGUUUAUCCUCUGCUUCUAGUUCAAGAUGAUAGUUUUAAAGUUUUCAGACUGUCCUUACAGCGAAUCUUUGAAGCACUAACAUCAAGUCAUUAGCAUUGCGCUGAAUAUUAUUCGUUGCUCAAGUAAUAGUCGUAUCAAGCUUCCAAAGCACAUAGGCCUUGCACCAUGUGUAUACCAUCUCACCUCAUCGCGUCUCCUUAUAACACUCCUCAACAAAAUGGGACACUGUUGCAGUUGUGACAAACCGCGUGUGACAGACACUAGUAUCGCAGCGGAAUUACUUGCUGAAGCGGACGAGUAUGGCACUGUCGCACCGAAAACAAAGCCUGGCCCCGAUUGCUCGAAAGUUGGAUAACGCUAUCCACUGGAUAAAACUCUAUACGGUGGAUACUCUUAUCCAUCGGAGAGCAAUUUAUCCGUUGGAUAGCGUUAUCCGACCUUUACUAGUACAACUGGGCCCUGGUCCGUUUCUUUUACUAGCGGCAGACAACACAAAUGUCAAUGAAGAAUCCCUCGAUGGAAAAAACAACUCAUGUGACAUCCAUGGUUGUAUUUCAGAGACGGCCGAAUAUAUGAACCAGAACCACCUCCGGUCUAACUGGCAAACCACAAUGACGGGAAACUAUCCCUACAGGCAAGGGGAAGGAUUUACGAGCUAAAAGAGUGCUCUGCAUUUAGGAGACGACCUCAAGUCACUUUUUAUACUGGUCAGGUUAAACAAGAGUAGUUUAAAGAAGAAAAUGAGCUGUUUGAGUCAGGAAGUUGCGCUGAUGAAGUACGAAAGGUCAUUCAAAUGCAUCCCUCAGGUCUAAUGGAAUCACUAUCUCGGGAGGUAAUCACGAGUCAGUCAGUUCCUGGGUGGAGUGCUAGCUGCCCCCUAACAGAUGGCUCUUCAACGGAGUUCAGUACAAUAUAUACCGUUCUCAAGGACGCUCAAGCCACCAGUAAUACCAUGGGUCAGGAAGAUACACUGAGUAAUAGCCUUUGAUCUUGCUAUGUGUGUGAAGGCCAAGCAAAUACAGUGGAGGCUUGCAAACAAGUUUUCCGAUGUUGUGAUUCGAAUGGGUACGUUUCAUAUCGCAUUGAACUUCUUGGUGAUUAUUGGCAAAAAGUACCUAAACUCAGGCCUUGAAGAUCUGCUGAUCGAGAACCGUACUCACAGUCCUCUGCCAGCCUGUAUAAAUCUUGAAUGAAGGCAUCCACCGACUCACCAAGUAACUGGUGUCGUUUGUCAAACGAGAUCUUUGUAUUAUCAAAUUGCGGCGAACAUCGAAAUAACUAUUGAAAGCAGUGCGAACUUCUUCAUAUGUAGCUUUUUUUUUCGUCGAUUCAGAGUGGCUAGAAUGUCAUACUGUCGUACUCGCAAGGAGUGGAAGCUGACUUGGCUGUUGCGGAUUAAUUUCGUUUUCUUGUGCUUCAGAAGGCAACCCUGAGGUUUUUUUUGUGUGUGAUACUGCUGCAGUGUCGAGCAUUUUAAGGGUUAAGGACCGCUGCCACCAUGUAUGAUUUAAGACUAGUUGAACAACAACACCUUUAUUGAAGAUGGCGACCCGUGUAAGUUCUAGCGUGCAACACGCAAGGUUAAUGUGAUUGACAACGGUAGAGAUUGGCAUAACCCUACAACCACCACCACAAGGUAACGGUUGGCACCUAGAAGGUAAAAUGUUGAAACUUGUCCUGAUGACCAGAGACCCAACACCAAGAAGUCUGCUUGAACUAACCACAUGGCAAUGUAGAAGAUCUAUGUGCCAUGCAAGUUGUUCCUGUUCUGGUAUUGGCCUUCCCUGUAGAGAGUCCUGUUUGUGCACAGCAGAUGAAGAAGUCUGCCAGAACCCUCAUCGCACGCCGCUUCAUUUUGAUAGUGACUCUGAAGAUAGUGACAAGGACUAGGUAUAUAGCUAGGCACCUCUUUAACCACAUAAAUAGUUAAUUACUCUGGAAAACCCUAACGUACAAUUUUUAACAGUAUGAUGUACACAAUUUGAGAUGCACUGUUUCUUACAAAUUGGGUAAAAAAUCGAUCAGUAGCUCUUUAGAAGUAGUUUUGCAAAAUUGAAACUGUUUGUUACUGUCGAUUAUAAACAUAGGGAACAUCUUGAAAAAAAAUGAAUGUCAGCUCUUCAAGGAUUCACUGUAGUGAUAGUCUGAAACUUUAAAACUAUCAUCUUUAACGAGAAGCAGAGGAUAAACAAUUCAGAGCAUCAGCCUCGUGUUCAUGUUUUGUCAUUUAAUCGACAAAGCAUUAAUCUUCGAUCAUUAAAAAAAGAAAAAAAUACCUGUAAAUGGUGAAGUGAAGGUUUUGGACAGCCAAAUGAUAAAAGGUUUGUGAUAAGAGAGGCUGAGCAUCAAAUUUCAUACUUGUUUAUAAAAAGACAAGGAUUUUUUUAUAUUUUCAAGGGUUUCUCUGAGAUUCUUCUUGUCACGUGAUAAGUCACGUGACGUUGCCAGAUGGUGAAAUUAAACUACGAAGGAAGUAUUUUGAACUAGCUGAGUAUUUGGACCGCUUAUGCUGAUAAGGGUGUUGAAAAAAAAUUAGUAAAAAAACGUCAUGCACUCUACAACCUCGUUUUCACGCCGGCGAAGGGAUGACGUAGCAAAAACCUCUUCUUUCUCUCGGAUCGUACACCACUUUUCGACUUAACGACAUAGUGAGCCUUACUAAGGAGGUAUUGGCCUGAUAAAAUCCACUGUCAAACCUUUUCUAGCUCGUGGGUUGAACGAAACCCCGAUUUUCCGGUCUUUGCUACCUGACUAUUACAAACAAAGUAAGAGUUCAACAAGCGUAUCAAAUAAAUGACGUCACGCGGCCUCAAACCCUUCGUUGUCUUCAGUGCCAUUACCGUAAAAAUAGUUUCCGGGUGCUACCUGUACUUCGCUUAUCCGCAAUGUCCUCCAUAGCAACAGCCUUGUUCAAAGUCACUAUCGGUUUGCUAGUCAACAAAGGUAGAGAUAAGGCCGCAGAGAUUCUGAAAGAUGGCGAUGUAACAGAUCAAAGAUUCCACUCCUUGAUCGUUCGUGAAAUAGACGACAUCAAGUCAAAGUUGGACGCGUUAUCGAGAAAAGAUUUAGAAGCGAGUAUCAGUUUCUUUGAGGAAGGAAUCGCGUUGUUGUAUGAAGUGUUUGACACAGUAAAGUCUAGAAACGAGUGUGGUGCGGCAACAGCACAAGCAGCUUGCGAUGAAGCAUCUUCUCUUGUUGAAGGAAUCACAAGGUUAGAGCUUACUGGCCUGGGCGAGUCUGCUACAAGAAAGCUUUCCACUGCAAAGGAAAGAUUCAAAGAUGCUCGAAGAAAAGCAACAGAAGCUUUUAAAAACGAAGCCCUUAAAACAUCUGACCGCAUUCUGGCCAUGAAGUAUCGAGUAAUGGCAACGAUAUUGGAAACAGUAGACAAUCCCGCUGAUGCAGUGGCACCAUGUGGAGUGUGUGUAAAGGAACUUAACAGUCUGUCAGCAGUACAGAAUAGCUUUGACGUUCAGCUCAAGACAGGCAUUCAAGUGAGGGGUUUAUUUGGUAAAGAGGAAAGAAGGGAAAUAAUUGUCAAUGUUUGUCAUGUGAAUCGCGUGAUCUUUGAUAUUGCGCUUGCAUUGGGGAGACUUGACUUCUGCCCAAGUGUUGAUAUUGGAGAAAAUAGAGUUAUUCCAUUGUGUGACGUGAGGGUAAGAGACGUGUUACUCAAACACGAUAAAGGGUAUUGUUGUCUUCCACUACGGUUAUUAGGUCAGGAGGGUGAGGAGGAACACAAGCUGAAGGACCCGAGGGGUAUCGCUACAAACUCCAGCGGACAAUUUAUUGUAAUAGACUUGCAUUACGUGAAGGUGUUUGACAACAGCGGCAAGUUUGUGAAACAAUCGAGUCUCUCUACCGAUGAAGUAAAUAAAACAUUUGCUCGUGAAGUUGCCACAGACAUGAGCGACAACAUCUUCGUGCUAACCAAACUGGAGAAGCCUGGGAGUGAGUUAUCUUAUUGGGUUUAUAAACUUUCUAAAACCGCUGACCUGCAUCACAAGUUUCGUCUGAGGGCAGAGGGCUGGUACAGCGGACUGUCAGUAAGUGAUAAAGGGAAUGUGGUGACCUUGCGGGACUAUGAUGUAGUGGAGGAAUAUAACACUGAUGGAGAGUUUGUUCGCAGUUUUGGACAAGGAAUAAUAAGGCUUGCGUUUGCUGUCAUAGUUACUAAUGAUGGCCGUGCUAUGGUAGCAGAUCACGACCACUGCGUUCACAUAUUCGGUGAAUCCGGCGACUAUCUUGACAAGUUCAAACUGCAACGAAUUGACUAUGACUACAUAAGCAUUACAUUUCACCGAGCAGGUGAACAAGUCGUCGUCGCUGGUUGUCGAGUGGGUAAACCCCUGCAGGUUGAAAUAUAUAGUAAAGAUGGUGAGUUUGUGUACUGUGCAGAAAUCGCAAUUGAUAGUGAGAUCCUUCCUAUGAAAGGGAUGACGAUGACAACCAAGGGACGUAUUGCUUGUGUUGGGGAUGACAAGGUAUUCAUUUUUUGA